AUGAACACUUCCUUCCAGGGAGUGUCUCCUUUCCUGUUAGAAAUGGAAAGUACCGUUGAUUGGCUCGGAGAAAAUGUCAGUUGGGUCCCAUCAAUCGAGGAUCAAAGCUGCAAUUACACAAACCUGAAUGGAACCAAUGUCUCCAGUACAGAAUGGGGAGGGCCAGCAGGAUCAGUCAGGAAAUGGUUAGGGGGCAAUCCCCACAUUAUGGCAAAGAUUGUGCUGUCACUAGCUUAUGCUGUCAUCACAGUGAUAUCUCUCUUUGGCAACUCCCUUGUAUGCCAAGUUUUUGUCAAGCACAAGGAAAUCAAGAAAUCAACAGGCCUUCUCAUCUUCAAUCUGGCAAUCUCUGAUAUUUUGAUAAUCCUGCUCAACAGUCCAUUUGCCCUGGCUCGUUUCCUGAGUGGACAGUGGGUUUUUGGUAGGAUCAUGUGUCAUGUCAGUCGUUUUGCUCAGUACUGCUCCCUCCAUGUUUCGACACUUACACUGAUGGCAGUUGCCAUGGACCGGCAUCGGGUAAUUCUGCACCCAAUGAAACCAAGGCUAACACACUCCCAAAGUUUACUGGUUGUUGCCGUGAUCUGGAGUAUUGCAGUGUUCCUUGCUCUGCCACAUGCAAUUUAUCAAAAUCUGUUCACUUUUGUCAACACGGAUGGCGCUGCCCGGAGCUACUGUCUCCCUGCCUUUCCUGGACCCAGCAAGCUGGUUGCGAAAUAUGUGGACCUUGGGACAUUUAUCCUGUUGUAUAUCUUGCCACUUCUGGUGAUUGUUGUAACCUAUUCUCACUUAGGAAAAAGGCUGUGGAUACAGAAUGCUAUUGGUGAUGCUUCUGCUCGUCAACUUAUGGCACACUACCAGAAGCGCAAGAAGAGUAUCCGGAUGCUGAUACUUAUUGUAAUGGUCUUUGCAGUUUGUUGGUUUCCACUUAAUUUCUAUGUGGUUCUUCUUUCCAGCGCAGGUGUAGAAAAUGACAGUGUGCUUUUCUAUGCCUUUCACUGGUUUGCAAUGAGCAGCACCUGCUACAAUCCUUUCAUCUACUGCUGGCUCAACAGGAGCUUCCGUGCCAAACUAAGAUCUAUAUCAUCUUUCAGGGUUCAAUCACUGUUUCUGUGUAGGGGCUCCCAGGUUCAGCAGAUAAAAGCACAGGAGAGUCAUGAGCUUCGGAAACUCCAGACAUCUUCACUGCUACGAGUUCCCCUGGCUGUUCCAGAGCCCCAGGCUUUAGAGGAUCCUAGCUUGGCUACAGGGGAUAAUUCCCAGGUCUCUGUCCAAGGGGAAUGGGAAGAUCCAGACCCCACCCUAGAUGAGGAAGCAGGGCCCUCAACCCAGGAUGCUUACUUUUGCAUCCACAUGCAGACUAGCAUUCCCUAAGAUGGGUGCCCACCUGAUCCACUGGAAUCUCAUUUAAUGAGUAACUUGUCACAGACAAUUCAGUUAAAGAUGGGAUAACCUCUAACUUAGAUGCUAAGAACAGUGUUUUACUAUCAUGUACACAUCCUCACAGAUCCAUGUUCCCGGAUUGUUUUGUGGUUUUAGUUUGUAGUUCUGGCAUCACAACUCAACUUAAUGAGUCCUCUGUACAAUACUGUGGAAAACUGUGCCAGACCCUGACAGAUUUGUGGACUUACCUACCUUAUAUUGCAGAUGAAUUUAUGUGAACUAGAUUUCCUGAGUAAGAUUCUUUUUUGCCUCCAAUUGUGGCCUGUGAUUAUCACUA